AGACAAAAGAAGCCAGAGGGAAAGAAUAUAACUCGCCCAGUCUGCCCCGGGGCUCUCCAGGGCUUUUCUCCCACUCCAGCGUCACACAUGCUGCCGUCCAUCUUGUAGGCGAUCUUCUGCCAUCAGAUAACCGCAUUUUUCAUGCUUUCCCCACUUAUCUGAUCAAAAACGUACGGAGAGCUGUGUUCACAUUCUGGAGCUCGCUAUACCCUUGUUGGAACGCUUUUCCCUUUGGCUCUCUGGUUCUCUCACACAAUGACAACAAUAUCAUCUCUUCCUGAUGAAGAGCCAGUCCCUAUCCCACUCACCUCUACAUCGCAUCCAAACGAUCCUGUCCCCGAAGAGCCUACAUCAAUACCGCAUCUGACCCUCCUACGACGUUCGGCAACGGGUACAUCGGACUCGCAGUCAGCAGCAACCUCGGUAGCCGGCGCAUCAGAAAUGUCUAUUGAUUCAGACGUCCCGUUGACGCCAAUAACAGAACCGUCCAGCGACACGGCGCUGGAUGAUGCAUAUACUGAAAGCAAAGAGUCAGAUGGAAUACCCCAGCGCCGAAGGCGGGCAUCCACAGUAUUGAUAUCUCAGAAUUCAGAGGAUGUCCAAAGGAUAUUGGGAGAUAUCCGCGGCGGAACCAACCUAUUAGGGAAGAUAUGUUGCGGAGGAGGAUGCUGCAAGCUUGAGCCUCUCAAGAAUGCUCUACCAUCUAUCACAUCAAACCCAGUUGUUCGGCCAAAGAACGCUGCAUUUGAGAGCUUGAGGCUAUACGUUGGCGAGCUCUCCCUUGACAGCAAGCUUACCAAGACAGCCCCUCUCCCAGAGAACACUGUAUCCUUUUCUUCUCCCUCAAUUGAUUCUGUAGGAAAGAAACUAGGGCCAGCAGAUCAUCCUCCUCGAUUCCUCCAACCACACGCACCCUAUGAAGUGUAUCGUGCUCCCCUUUACCAUGCACGAGAGUUGACGAGACCCGGUGCUGAGAAACGAACUUACCAUUUCGAUAUCGAUGUUACAGAUUAUCCAGUUGAGGGUGGAAACGUCGACUUUGUCGUUGGAGGCGCCAUUGGUGUUUGCCCCAGUAACUCUGAGGCUGUCGUUGAAGCCAUCUUCAACCGUCUCGGGGUUCCUAAAUUCAUACGGGAUAAAAAGAUCACACUCCAUACCACCAAGGGUCGAUGGCCCACGAUAUGGGGAGACGAAAAGCCUAGAGAUCUCCUAACUACCAGACGUGAACUUCUUAGCUGGUGUUCGGACCUACAGAGCUAUCCUCCUACAAAGCCGCUCCUUCGAUUGCUCGCGGAGUAUGCAUCGGAUGAGAAUGAGAAGAAAAUUCUCAUGUACCUAUGUUCUGCUCAGGGCCAGGCUGCUUUCUGUGAUCUCCGUACUGGUCCUUAUAUCACUGUCUUGCAGCUUCUCGAUGCAUUUCCUUCCUCUCACCCACCUUUGGAUCAUCUUCUCUCCACCCUGAACACGCUUAUGCCUCGUUUCUACUCGCUCUCCCAGGAUCCUAUGAUUCAACGCACCAUUGAUGGCAAAGAACCACGACGAGUUAUUGAAAUUGCUGUGACUGUUCACGAAUGCCCCGACUGGAAUGGAGGGUACCGCACAGGAGUUGGAUCGGGUUUCUUAGAACGUCUAGCUCGAAAGAUUCAGGCAGCCGAAAAUGAUGGUAUCGAUCCAGCUAGCUUGAACUUGCACGUCCCCAUGUUUCGUGGACUCAUGUCCAAUCCACUUGCUAGACGAUUUGUCUCUGACGGACCUAUGCUUCUCAUUGGAGCUGGCGUUGGUGUUGCUCCCUUCCGCGGCUUCGUCCAGAGCCGUCUCAGAUCAGCUAACUGCGCCAACAAGGUCUGGGUGCUCCAGGGAAUCCGUGACUCCUUGCUUGACGAACUUUACUCUGGAGAAUGGGGAGUUCACGAAGAUGAAGUUAAGAAGGUCGUCCAGAGCAGACGAGGCGAAGGCAGAUACGUGCAGGAGGAGGUACGCCAUCAAGCAGACUUGGUCUGGUUCGUAAUCAAUUCUCUUGAUGGGCGAGUCUUCGUCUGCGGCAGCAGCAAGGGUAUGGGCGAAGGUGUCGAGGCUGCGUUGAUUGACGUCGCCAUUGCAAAGGGCAACCUGAACCCAGAACAGGCAAGAAUUUUCUGGGAAGAGAAAAAAGCGGCUGGCCAGUACAUUGCAGUAUGUCUUAGUUCUAUUUUCUUUUUCUUAUCCUUAUUUGAGUAUGAAUCCAUAUUGACCACCCGUAAUAGGAGACUUGGUAAAUUGAGCUACAUUGAACUUUUCGGGAAAGUCUGCCCUCUAUCAAACGACCACCCUCUUCGGCGAUAUCUAGACGAAUGACUUCAAAAUCUCCUUUUUCAUCAUCCAGACUCCUAUUCCAUACAUUCUUCUCUGCAUCCUCAGCGUCUCAUCUCUAGAGUUCAUCCAUCAUUUUUAACAUUUUAAUUCGAGGUCAUUUUUUUUGGCAUAGAAUAAACUGUUAGCAUUAGGAGCAAUCUAUUCAUUCCUUCAUUACAUCUCACAUUUACAAAAUGUGAACUCAGUGUGUCUUGUUUAGUCAUAGUUGUCUAUCCAUGCCAUCUGUCCUUUAUACAAGAUUUGAACGCAGCCACAUUGAAACAACUUCACUGUAUAAGCCGUUCACUGACCUAUUAAACUUGAUUUUAUUAGGAUUUUUGACCCGUUUCGGUGAUGGUACUGUUACAAGGGUUACCUGUAGGCAGGGGAGCUCGAGUGUCGGGUUGUACGUAGUCGUUUUCCCAGGGAAAAUAAUACAUGUCAUGCUGAGAAAUACUGAUAUCAAGCCGCCUGGAUAUUGUCAGUACUUUUUGGCACUACCGGCAGCAGUUUACCGUUAUUUCUUUCCUGCCAGCAAUCAGGGAAGUUGGGGCACAGCAUUUCAGGUUUCAGUCAACUGCCCACGGCCAGGAACCAGGAAAAAGAAGACAGAUUGCUCUUCUAUAGAAGGAAGGAAGAAAAAAGGGUUAUACAAGUAAAAUAAGCAUGGCAGGAUAAGUACUACCCAGUAGAGGACGAUGUUGGUCUGAUUUUCCCCUGGCCUGCCCAGUUGUACCCGUUGAUAUGGAAAUCCAACGUACGGGAGCUCCGUAAGACCUGAGGCGCCAGAUUUCUGGAACCAUUGACUAUCACUUUUGAACCAUGGAAUAUGCUGCGCCUGUAGACGCCACAGAAUGAUCUACAGCGGGGUUGUACAGAGCACCUCUUUCUCUGUAAAGACCUAGCCUGGCUUCUAAAAAGGUAGAAGGAGAGGUGUCUUCAACAAGUCACGUCCAUCACAUAUUGACAAGUAUGCUGCCUGUCCUCCCCCCCUCUCGGCCUAACAGUGGGCUAAGGAGGAACCUGGGUAUAAUAAGCCAUUGGCAAUGAAAUCAGGAAAGAGAAAACGAGAUAGCGAUCUCUUCCAUCAUUUCUGAGUAAUCAAACCAGGAAAAUGUUCCGACAUCGAAAGACGAUCGCAGCCUUCGGUCUCGACCUGAAGACACUGUACGCCGUGCAUAAAGGCCCUGCGAAGAAGUUGGAUAACAAAGAAGCCGGCUGCCAAUCGAAAAUACUGCUAACAAGUUGUCGUAUAAUAGUAUGAGAUAAAUUUGGGGAGCUUCAAGCAUAAUUACCGUCAAAAUUGAGCGUUCGUUGGCAGGUGCCCCUGAAUAAAUUUAUACCACCAUGCGGGCUAUUUCUGAGAGCUUCUGUUUGCCAGUCAGGCAUAAUUGAGUUACGUAUGGCUGGCACUGUAGACGGCCAGAUGCCGAGGAAGAGAUUCUGUCAAAGAGUCAAGCGGCUUCCCAGGGUCAGAGUCGACGGCGAACUUUGACAACGUAGUAUUUAUUAAAUCCCCGUCGAUCAGGCAUCCGAUCUGUGUCUGUCUUACGUGCGGCCCGUCUAUGGGGAAGAGGCUUUCUGGGCUAGCCCAUACAGAAGCUUGAACGACAGGUAAAUUGUGGCCGGAUGGGGAAUGGAGUUUGGGUUAACAUAGUGUAUCAAGCACUAUUCAUACACAAUGCGCACGCAGCAUGUUUCGGCUGGUUUGUUUGCCAUGGACAGAAAAAGCUCGAUCGAGGUCGCAUGACGGAACGGCGCAUGCAUAUACGACACAGAUACUCUCAACAGACGUUUUCGGGCAUCUCACGCAGGAAUAUAUCUAUGCACUGCGCUCGAGUCCAACACCCAGCGGUGGCAGGGAUGUGGAGUGACACUUUUAGCAUGUCGAGUCAUCACCCCAGGAUCGUGCAAUAACUAACACAUUUCGUACAGCGCAUCGGCCUUGCACAAACAGCUGGUGGAAGAUGACAAAACACACCC